AUGCUUCCCGGCUCUGUCUUGCAGUUAAGCAGUAGCUGGUUAGUUCGAGGCAGUUACGAUCAGACCAUCGCCGGAACUGCUGCUGGUCCGAUGGACCCCUAUUUCCGUGAAAUGAAGGAGAUGAUUGUCGGGGAAGUUGGUCUUCUGGAAAAUUCAUUGGUUCACCGAAGUGGUGACGAAGGGAAACGCCUCGGCGCAGGUCAUUGGCUCAUGGAUAAGAUCGAAAAAGUGUUCGGUGGUGGAGGUGGAGCGCUGUUGUUGUUCGCUUCGCACACCACAGUACGAGAUGCGCGUCCUCCUCGUCACAUUGCUACAAUAAUCGACUCAGCUGUAAUAGCCGAGUACCUGGAUACGCUUGAUCCUGCAAAACCCAUCUUGCCGACGGACCCUGACUUGAGAUCAAAGCAGAAGAAGAUGGCGGCCAAGUUGGAAGCCAAGUUGCCUGCAGCUGUUCACGCUUUGAUCAAUGAACAACGGUUUCAUACGGAAAAAGAGCCGACUGUCAAAAAGCUCCACGGCGCUCUCGAUUUGGCUGAGCAGCUGCUUUCUAACACUUUUUAUGGAGGUCGAGAGCCAGGUUUCGCCGACUAUAUGACCUACCCUUUCGUUGAAAGGAUAUGGAUUUGGUCCCACGAGCCUGGAGUGACAGACCUGCCAACUGAUGCUUUUCCUGGUGCUUCCUAUCCAAAGCUGCAACGAUGGUUUUCGCUUAUGAGAUCAAUGCCAGAGGUGAAAGCGGUAAGCCAACCUGUAUGGCGACACCGACUGUUCAAUCAAGGAUAUGUGCUCGGGAAUCCCGACUAUGAUGCAGGAAUGGGUAUCCGCCGACAUGACUAA